GUAAUUAAUAUUAAGUGCGUGAAUAGAAUAUAUAAUAUCGCGUUAACGACAUAUACACAUAUUUUAAGGAUGAGAUAAAUGUUUUUGGUGGAGGAUUAGUAAAAAUGGCUGCUGUCACUUAUGUAAAGCAUGUAAAAGACAAAUAUAAUGAUGAUGCAUUACAAUGGUAAGCUUAUCAAGAAGUUUUAACAUUAAUUCUGGGGGUGCUACUUUUUUCGACGAAUCCGUAAAUAUGGAUGAUACAAGAAAUUUAUUGCCAAUUUUUGAAUCUUAUGGACUAUUUCGUCCCCUUAAAACAAUUUAUCCCUUCACAUUACAGCUAUUGUUUACUGUAGCUUUAGAAAUUACAGCAAUAGUUUUUGCUAUUAGGCACCCUGAUGAAAACAGCAAGUGUAGAGAAUAUUUUAUCAUAAUUUACAUGCACGUAGGACUGUGGUUCUUUUCAUUAAUUGUUGACCAAGUUGUAAGGAUCCAUCAUUAUCAGUUGCGUAUGAGUGGAUACCUAGAAUUUUACAAAAAAACACAGGUUCAUCAUCGUUUGCCUCUGUAUGUAAUUAGUUUGUGGAAUGCAGUAAUACUGUUUAUACAGGUACUGAUGCAGCAUUUUUAUUCUGACAAUUUUGCGGAUAAAUGUAUAAAAAGUGGUCUCUUGUCUCCAAUAAGUUACAUAGCAGCCCUUAUUACAAUUGAAACAUGUGUAAUAGCAGGAGUUAACAUAAAUUAUAUUGUUAGGGUAAGGGAGUUUAAUACAACUCAGCCACCUCCUGAUGUACAAAAAGAAGAAUGGAAUGCAUGCUCAUCUCAUGAACAGUUUGCACAGGGUGAAAUAGGAUACAGACCACCUGGAGACAAAAUAUAUGAUCUUAUAGAAAAACAGGCUGAUCUAAUUCGACAUUUAAAAGAUCAUAACGCACAACUGGCAGAAAAGUUAAUGGUUUUAAAUGCCCAACUUCAAGCACAAAAAGGAAGAAGAAUCACAAAUCAACAAGACAACGCCGUUGCUACAAUUUAAUAUGUUAUUUGGAUUACACAUUCUUAUACAUCUAACAAGAACAACGUAUUCCAGAAUCUGAACGAUACCUUCAUUGGCUAAACAUGGAAUACAUCUGUAAUAAUAGAAAAUACAAUUAAUAGUAAAAAUGCUAAAAAUUUGGGCAUCAUAAUGGUUGAUUUGAGCUAUUGAAGUGAUCUUAUGUUUCAAUUUUGAAUAACAAAAAAACUAAUAAAAGAAAUUUUUUAGGAAA